AAAAACUUGUCUUUAAAGUAAGUCUGUUCCUUCCUUAUUUACAGAGGAGGAAAUCCACCAGUAAAAGAAACUGUCAAUGAAGAAGUGCACUUUUAUUUUGAACUAUAUUUCACAUUUGGCAUUUAAAUAACGUGGAAUAAAAUAUAGACAGGAUAUGAGGAGGCAGGUGAUAGUUAAAUGGAUUUUGACUUUGAAGGAGGGAUGUGAAAAUUUUUUAAAAAAAAGACAUUAUUAUAGUGCGGGUAAAUGAAUGAUUUAGAAAUGGGAAAAGAGUUGCUAAACUAUUAUAGAAUCAUCAACAUGACAAAUUGACUUACCUGGCAGUUUUAAUAAUAGUUUUAGCUGUAGAUCUCAAUUAUUUUCCAAGAAAGGUAACCACAGUUAUUAUUACCUGAAGGAAUAUCCAGAUUGUGUCCUGCUUUGGCAGAGGGUAUUUACAUCCCAUUUCCAUGUGGAUUUUACACCUGCUCGGUGUUCUGAAUACUCCCUGGCAGGCAGGGUCCUUCCAAGUGUGCACACAGAGCCACAACUGCAGGAGCUGGCCCGGGCUGGAAGUGGGGCAGUGCUCAGGUAAGCAGCACACAGGCAGGAGCUGACUGCAAGGCACGUGGCUGGGAGUGCAUGCACACCCUGCUCUGUGGUCAUUACUGGUCUCAAAAUUAUAAAGAGUCUGACAGGGUUUGACAAAUCAGAUGAAUGGGACUGACUUAAUGCAAACUGGAAAACGUUUGUCAGCUGCUGCCAAAGCACGUGGAAAUGGUAAUACAGGUUUGUAGAUCGCUGGGAGACUUGGAAGCCACUGGAGUGUUCUGUGAAAGGCAUUAUUAAGGUUCAGAUUUAAAAAUUUCUUCAGAAAUAACUAACAACUUUGUUACUUUUUCAUAAGCAUGAAAAUCAGUAUUCCUAGUACUGCCUUGGGACAAGCAUGUACCAAAGGAAAGGUAGGAGAGAAGCUUUCCAUGCUGGAAAAUGAGGCUGAGAGCAGCCAUCACCCUGGUCAGCUGUGGUUCCUCUUGAAACAGCAGCUGCUCCAAGCAGCAACCAUCAAACUUACAAAGGCAUUAUUUAAUAAAGCUAUGAAAGUAGAAAGUCCAUAACUGAUAAGAAUCUAGAUAAUGGAAUGAUAGAGAUGCUGUGCAGUGAAAGAUGCAGGAACAACCAUGAUGGAAGUGGAGGAGUGGGAUUUCCAGAUUUGGAUUUCCAGAAGUGGAAGAAAAGCAGCCAUUUGCAUACAGUCCAUACAAAGUCUAAAGAAGGAAAAGGGCCGGCUGCUGGUCUUUAAUCCAUAAUGGAAGCCCAUGGUAGGAGCUUGGCUGCUGUCUCUUCUCUGUUGUUUCCUCAUCAGGCAGGAGCGAGGGAGGCAGCUGGAGGCAGGUGCCACUCCCUGAGAAGUAGGAGAAGUAGCAGGGAGCUGGGAAGCUGUUGACUGGGAUUUGGGAAGGAGAUGCCAGUUGUUUUGGAAGAAGAACCUGUUUGGUGGGUUUGAUUUGAAUCAAUAAAGGGAGCAGCCUCCAUCAGUGCAUUAAAGCUUUGGAUGCUGCUUGCUGUCGCUCAGAACUUUCUCUGUGCUUUUCUCCUGCACUAUGGAGCCUCUUUUUGGGGUUGUGCUGGGUUUGAUUCUGGCAGUCGCUUCACCAGCCCACGACAGCUGUACCUGUGCAACCAACAAGUGGGCAGUGUGUGCCCAGGACAGCCACGGGAACUGCACCUGCAGGCUGGCAGGUUCAGAUCACCCUGUAGACUGCUCAACCCUGACUUCUAAAUGCUUCCUGAUGAAGGCAGAAAUGAUCCCCCCGAAGGAGAAGCGCCUCUGGAGACCUCCCCACGGGGUGUCAGACAGCGAUGGCAUUUACAACCCCGACUGCGAGGACAGUGGUGUCUUUAAAGCCAGGCAGUGCAAUCAGUCCAGCACCUGCUGGUGUGUGAACACUGCGGGCGUGCGGAGAACCGAGAAGGGAGGCAGGAGCCUGAGCUGCAGCGAGCUGGUGCGGACAAGGUGGAUCUACAUCGAGCUGACACACAAGAGAAGCUCCAAAGCCUUCAGUGCUCCCGAUGUGGAAAAGGCUCUGACACAGCUGCUUGAGAACAGGUACAAGCUGCACCCCAAGUACAUCGCAGCCAUCAAGUACGACCCCCCGCUCAUCCAAAUCCGCCUGGACCAGAACAAGAAACCCAGCUGGGAUGUAGAUAUAGCUGAUGUGGCCUAUUACUUUGAAAAAGAUGUGAACAAUGACUCCGUGUUUCAUUCCAACAGUAAAUUAACUGUCUUGGUCAAUGGAGAUGCUCUGGCUAUUGAAAAGCUCUGGAUUUACUAUGUGGAUGAAAAGCCCCCAGAGUUCUGCAUGAGGCAGCUGGCAGCUGGCAUUAGUGCUGUGGUCACCGUGGUGCUCCUCACCGCUGGCAUUGGCAUCGCCGUGCUGCUCAUCCUCAGGUGGCUGCGCACAAGGACAUACAAGAAAUUUGAGUGUAAAGAAAUGAGGGAAAUGAAACCCCCAAGCUUAGAAAUGCCCUGAGCUGAUAGAAGAAAGGCAACUGCAGGAAGAAAAGGGGGGAAAAAGGCACAAAAUACAAAGACAGACUUGGUAUAUGUGAUGGAUUUGGAGUUCUUGGUUCCUACAGGAAUUUGUGCAGUGGCUGUUCUAAAUUAUUCUUGUUUAGUACGAAUAAAUUUUUGGGGUAUAAAUGAAUUUGGGAGUCAGUUACCUAAAUAUUUUAAAUGACUCCUAUUUUGGAGGGUAAGAAAACUGUUACAGCUGUCUAGUUAACAUAACACAGAAUGCUUGCACUCCUGCUGCAGGCCUGGCUCAGAUUGCUUAAAUACUUAAAUACUCUGUGGGGUUCUUGGUAUAUCUAUUUACUGAAAUUAAAACACUUGCCUCAGCAUAUUUGGGCUAUAUUGCUGCUUUUCCCUUGGUAGACUUUUUUAAAAUGCAGUUUGUUUUUAGUUCAUGGGGUCUUUUAAAAAAAAAUAGUUUCUGGAGCUUUUUUUAUCAACAAAUAAUUUAAUAAAUAUUACUAAAUAACCAAAUAAAGUAAUGAUAAGAUACUCUGCAACAUCA